UUUUGCCGUGCACAAAUAGAGAUAAUGGACUUAUUACAGCAGGAUUGUGUAAAAUAACAACCCAGUGAGAAACUUGAGCCGUUUAACGGACAAGGGAACUUUUCGAAUAUCAGAAUGCUGUAAUUGGAACUAUGACAAGCUUAAUUAGAAUAAAAGAAGAUAGCAGUAUUUUUAAGAGAAAGAAGUAGAAGACAGACCAAGACACAAUGGCUAGUAUAGUGUUAUCAGAUAAAGACGAAUCUCUACUGUAUUCAAAAGCACACCAACUCAAUGUCGACGUUGCCAGCGAUGUCCUCAGAAAACUGGUUGAAAAAAAACUCUCAGCAAGCUUAAUCUCGUUAGCAGCGUUUCUUGCCUCAAAAUCAACGGAGAUCAAAGCUCAUAAAAAGAGAGGAAUACUUGCUGCUAGUCAAUUCCAGUUACUGAAUGCACCAACCACAACCGUCGACAAUCUUGACGUUACUCUUCUUACAUAUAUAUUGAAAAAUUUCAUUCCUCUAAGCAUUCAAGAAGAGGCUGAUAUUGAUAAAUUGAGAGUCAUAAGGAAUGAAUUGGCGCACGCUCCUAAAUAUAGACUUACAUCCAAUGAUAUUUUUGACAGAACAAAGACUGUCAUUCAUUCAAUUUGCACAGCACUCACGGAAGAAAGAGCAGAAGAGAUCGAGAUUUGCAUCAAAAGAUUGCAAGGGAAUGAACUUUUAUCGAAGGUGAGCUGCGAUAUGAUAUUGUCAUUACAGAACGAGGCUGCAAUGGAUAAACUCUUAAAGGCAUCGGAGAACGAAAACGUUCAAGAAACGAAAUUGAAGUUUAGAUUAUCAGCAUAUGCGUUGGAAAUAGGUCGAAACAUUGAUGUGGACGUUUUAUCAAGGAAUUUACUUGAUAAAGGACUAAUAACCGAAGAGAUUCACAGAGACGUAACCAGUGAACACAACUUCGAAGACCAAGCAUACAUUCUUGUUAUGCACAUGAUGAACGAAAAGCACGAACGUGUUUUGCUGUUUUGCGACUGCAUCAGUGAGAUGAACAAUUGUUUAGGAACUAUCCUGUGCAAGAAUCAGCCAAAUUUAGGCAAAACCUUGAAAAAAAUGGAGAGAGAUGCAAUACGAGAUAUUCUCAAGAAGUCGUUCGAAAAGAGUCCCAUGGGCAGAGUAAAGUGUGAAGAUGUGCAUGAAUACAUAGAAAAUGCGCGCCGUUGUUUAACCCCUUUUUCAACAGUCAGAGAUUGUGUUUUGGCCGAGUUCACAGACACUGUCUUCGAGGACAGCUUCAGCAGUUUUCAGGGUUUGAAUUGGGUGAGCAGUAUCAACACAUACGAUGAAUCUGAACUUGAAAAUGACAACUUUCCGCUGACGAAUAUGAAAAGUGAAGAUUUUUCUAUGUUUGUAACAACGCAUGUCCGGAAACUAUCAAAUGACCCAAGGAUGAAUGGAAUAGUGAACACAAUUUCAAACAUAAUUACCAAUGGCAUGAUUUCUUCGAAAGUGUUUGCAAUGUUUCCAUCAAAGACAAUGAUAGAUCAUUUCAAGACUGAACUCGAGAGUGAGGGAUAUAACUUGAGCAUUGGUAUUAAAGAAACCUUGAUUUCUAUUCAAGAGGAAAUUCUUAAAAAAAGCAACGAGAAAAUGAGCGACCAGUUAGCGUCAUUUCGCCCGUUCAAAACUGCUGUUAAACAUGGUUAUGCGGCGUCAAGUACAGUAAGAAAUGAUGCAGCUGGUCUUACUGACACUGUUCAUCAUUUUGUGUAUCCGAGAAAACGAAGGGAUUUGAGUCAUGCAUUCUUCAUGAGUGAAGCAAUGAAAUUCAUUAGUGCUAGUAUUAAUGGGAGACAAAAUGGCACACUUCAUUUUGGAAUCAAAGCAAAGGAAAAUAACACGGGGACAAUUGUUGGUGUCCCUUGCUCUCUUUUUGACCACAUUUCCCUCCAAUCAACCUUUCGCACGUGCAUCAAGAGAUGCUUUGGCUCCAAAUGGAAACGCAUUUUGCGUUGCCUAAGUCCAUUACAAAUAAUUAAUGUGACCAACGACAAGAACGUUAUAGAACUUGAUAUUGAGCCAUGUUCCUGGUACCUUGAAGAUAACUUUAUUCAAGUAAACUUUCCACCUUGGGGAAAUCAACAGCAAAAAUGUUUCUUGCAAACACCGUCUGAAUGCCGUCUUGACUCGAUUGAAACAAUAAAUCAACUUAAAGUGAAAGAAGUAGAAAUAGAUUUUACGUAUACAUUUGAACAAAGGCGAAUGCUUGACGGAUCUGAAAUGCAUUUAAAAACGGCAGUAAGAACUCGUUUAUCAGAUCUGGCGAAACGAAUGACUUCAGGCAAUAAAUAUGUCACCCCGCAUUUCUUUCCUCACAUCAUUUGUGGAAAUUACUCUGAUUCUAAUGAAUCAGAACAAUUACUCUCAGAAUUGUCUUCAAUGGAGUCUGUGUUUCUGUCUGCAAGCGCUGUAUUUAAUUUUGACCAUUCAACAAACCUUCGAAACAACAUUGAACACGGGAAAUUGGUUUUUGAUAUCUACAACACUCAGGAUAAAAAUACAUUCUGCGUUGAUGGAUCAAAGAUAGCGUGGCUUGAUUGCCACGGUGGUUCCGACAAAUGGUUUAAGUCACAUUACGUGGGUUUCAACAAUGCAGUUGAACAUUUUGUUAUGUCAUACGGUGAACGAAUUUUGUUUAUAUUCUUGAUAUUUCAAAAGCUAGAAAGAUGUGACCCACUUUAUAGAAUUGCCUUUGACUUCUGCUGCAAAUACAAAGACAGAACCAGUAUUAUUUCAGACAAGCAAGAAAAUGUAAAAUUGCUCCAGCAUGAAGUCCGUGAGCUUUUAAAUGAAGACAUCGAGGUGAAUUUCUACACCGGGUUUUCUUGGUGUCAGUUAGCAAAAGCCUUCAGUGCAAUAUUUGUACGAAACCCAAAAACUCAUUAUAGAUUACCCACAGGGGAUGGAACAGUGACUUUAAUGACAGUUUUGGAGAAAGAAAAGGAAAACAUAUCAGACAUUGAAUUGAUAAGCGGGGACGAAUGCGUGGCCCAGUUCGGUGAGAUGAGUCAUAAUGAACAAAAGAUCAAAAAGAAGGAUGCCGAAGAGAGUUAUUAUAAAGGAAACGAAGUCUCAUGGUGGAAUUUCUUCUUUAAGGGUCAGGUUUGCAAAAGGGAUCUACUUAAAUACUUUGUUGGUCAUAUUGAAGACGUGAUCAAAAGUGGAGCCGAUAAAAACCGGUAUGAAAUCAUAGAUAUUUUCCAUCAGCACGGGGCUGGAGGAACAACCCUCGGUAAACAACUCAUUUGGCACUUUAGUCAGUUUACAAAUGAUCCUUCGAAGGCACUUAAAGCUUGUAUUGUCACAAGAGUAGUUGAGAAAAAGACAGCAAAAGAAAUAGCUCGAUUCAGGCAUUUUGGCGAGAACGACGACAAUCUCAUCAAACCGGUACUGAUUCUAGCCGAUAACAAAACGGAUGAAGACAUCAAAGUGCUUAAAGACAAUCUUGAUUUUAUGUCAUAUAAAAGAGGGUCUAAGUCGGGAAAACUCUUCUGUAUACUUAUCGUGGUGUCAAGAAUAACUAUGGCGAAGUCUUAUGAAAAUAAACGUAAUGUGUUAAGACAUUCCCUUAGUGCGAUAGAAAUAUCACGAUUUGAAGAUCGCGCAAAAGACGUAGAGGACUUGCAGUCACUCAUUGCAUUCAAUGUUAUGAAGGAAAACUUCAACGAGGAACAUAUUCGAAGUACAGUGCAUAACAUAAUGGAAGGGUUGAAAGAAAAAGAGGAGGUACCUCUGCAACAUAUUUCGUUGGUCUGCAAGUUUGAUGUUAGUACUGCAAUUCCUACAAGUGUUUUUGAUGAGAUGAUGGGAUGUGUCGCUUCAUCGAGUUCGCGUUACAAUAUUGAUGAACUGCUUCUGAGAGGAAAACCAGUCGGCUUAGUUGACCUACGGCACAGAAAAGCUCUUGGCUAUCGACAAACUUGGAAUGUUAGAACAACAGAGUCACUUGAACUUCUGCUUAAGUACAGAGAAACGAAGGGGAUUAGUGGGGUGACAAUAAUAUCACCUGUUAUCGUAGAUGAAAUUCUCAAAGCUCUGAUGAAGAAGCAUUCAAAGACGCUUGAAGUAGUUGUUCAAGAUUUACUAGACUUUUUGAAAGCAAAGCUUACAAAUACAUCUGAGAAGGAGAAAGCAGUGUCUGACUUCAGAGAUACCAUAUCCGGUCUGUUUGUUACUCGACCAACAACUAGGACUGGGGACACAAAAGAAAGACGAGACUUUUCAAAUCUCAUCCAUUCAUUAAUAGAUACCAGACCAGAAGAAACAAAGCAAAAUGCUUACAAAAGGGCAUACCAGUUGAUGAAAUACUGCUUCGAAAUUUCAAACAACCCCUACGUAGGGCAACAUCUGGCGAGGCUAUGCAUCUCCUUCAGAUGCUAUUCACAGGCUGAAGAAGCCAUUGAACGUGCUAUUGCAGUGAAUAGUGGCGUGCCAUAUAAAUCCAUAUUGUUUGAUACGUACGGUCAAAUCUACAAAUCGCAGAUGGAACAGGUACUAAAGAAAACUGCAGAGAUUGAUUAUUCUGGUGAGAUUCAGGAUAUUAUAAAAUUGGCAUUGACAGCACUUCGACAUUUUCGAAGAGCUCAGGAACUCGACGUAAUAAAUGAUAUGACCUCUUACUUCAUGGAAUUGUACACAGCGUUUUCAUUCUUAGAAAAUAUAAUGGAUGUGGACAAAAUAGUCGGUGAUAAGCAAAUGUUUCACAAAUUCAUAAAUGGCUAUGAGACCGAUGUGUUUGAUCACUUAGGAGAAGACAUUGAUACGUUUCGUAGGGAAGGUGAGCAACACAACCACUUGACCAACACAUUGAUCCGGAUAGAGUAUGAGUUGUUCAUGAAAAAACGACCGUUUAAAGAUUCCUUAAGUAAAAAGGAGUAUGAAAAGAAAGCAGUGGACUUACGUAAAACGUAUGAAUACAUCUACGGAGAAGAGGAUCAGAAAUUCAUGGUGGCUGAAACUUUUAAAUCGAUGCAACAUGCGUACAGAAGAUUUCCGAACAAUUUGAAAAGAGUGAUAAGGAAGAUAUCAUCUGCCAAAGCUAUUGCCCGUGAAAAAGAUUUGAUGAAGUAUUUGGCAUACAACAUCAUUGAUAUUUCGCAACGGAAAGGAAUGCGUGACCUUGAUGAGAGUGUUGAUAUAUAUGGAUACAUGAUAAUUUUAAGCGACAAACUUUUACAACUACAACGAAAGAAAAAUCGAAACAGUGGGAAUGUUUAUAUUGAACCAUAUAUGUACUUUGCUUUACUUCACUGGCCAUUGCCAAGCCGAAGAGAAAAAUACUUCUCAAAGACCAGUCAAUUAGGAAACCUGUCUGAAAUAAUAGACGAAUGGCAGAAUAUAUACGAUGAGAGAUUCGUAUCCAAACGAAUUGAAUCAGCGCGUACUAAAGCAGCUACAUAUUUUGCGUUGGCAAAAGGCAACCCCGGAUAUGAUUUCGUUGAUCAGGACAUGAUAAGAGAUUUAUGGAGAAAAGAAAGAGAAAAGGAAGGUAAAUCAAGAGUGGAAGUAAUGGACGAUGACAUUUGGAACCAUACAAUCGGAAACGAAACGUAUGUUCGAUUAGAAGGUGUUGUCGACAGAACUGGAAAUCACAUCAACCAUCAGGUUUCCUGUGAUGAUUCCAAAACGUUGCGACGUCGAUAUUCAUUUGUGAUUGCAACUUAUGAAAACUGCGAUCAUUUGAGAUAUAGGAACGUGACGUUUGUGUUGGGGUUCACUUGGCGAGGACCUGCUGCGUUCGGUGUAAACCUAAACGAAAGCGACGAAGGAGAUGAAUCGAGCAAAAGUCUUCGACAUGUACGAGCAAUGGAAGUUAAACAGACUAAGAGAUCAAUACCAGAGGAAGAUCAAACUGAAAAACGACGACCUGAACAAAACUAGGGAGAUUAACUGUUAGGAACGGCCAAUGAUAUAGACGUUGCAAAGGGAAUCGUCAAACACGUCAAAAGUUCAGAUGAGAGGCAAGAGGCUGGUAGAAUAACGCAGAAAAAAAGACAAAACAUCAAAUGUACAAAAAAAUCCAUGAAAAAUUAAUUGAUACAAGUGUUUGUGGUGAAUUCAACAAUUCCGAACGCGAUGGAGCAUCAUUAUGAAGAAGAUUUUUGACGCGCUAACGUGAUUUUGAUCAUACUCACGUGACAUGCGUACGGUGAGUUUUACAGACAUUGUUAUGCUAAUCGCUGCAUAUGUUUUGAUGUACUGUCAUUUUAGAUUGACUUUUUUUGCAUUUUGCUGUUUCUGUUGUUGCUGCUAUUAUUAUUAUUGAAAAGCUGAAACAAAUCUAUUUAAAACUUAAUUUUGCAUUUUAUGCUGUAAAAUUACCAUAACUGUCAUUAUUAUUUACAUUUAUCAACACAAAUGUUGUUAAACAUUAUAGUUUGAACAUUUAACUACAUAUAAAAUUAUGGGUGGCAAUUGCACUUAAUUUUGAUCACCCAUUUCAUUAAGACCGCUAUCAGUUUGAUUGUUUUCUUUGUUUGAUUGUGAUUACUCUUAAACAAAAAGUCUUGAGUUUUCCUCUUGUAUUUUUCUAUUUUGUAUAUAUUUGUUUGGGUGUUUAACUGACCGUUCAAAGGUAAUCCAAUCGUUUAUCGGUUAAGCUAUUUUAAUGCGUUUGAGGUGUAUGUAUUUGUGAAUGAUUUUACAUGUUUGUGUUGUUAUAGAGUUCAUUGUCGUUUGGGCUCUUCAUUGUGCCUCUAAACAGUUUUUUUUUUAUUUUUUUAUUUUUAAAUUGACUACUGAGUUACCCGUGUUGUUCAUUGUAAUGCCAUAUUUUGUACAAAACAUUCGAUAUUUUACACAAAACAUUCGAUAUGACAUUUAGCAGAUCAUUCUGACAAAGUUUUUUUUAAGCAUUUGGAAUACAAAAGUUUCUAAGUAUAUCAAUACAAACUUUCAUCAAUUCAAAUACAGCAUUAUAUCAUAGUUUAAAGUGACACUCUUAUACAAAAUCAAUACAUACACAUGUAUUACAAACAUCAAUUUUGACUGAUGAACCUUUAUCUAAUCAAUUAGUAAUGCAUUUAUGGAAAAUAUUAAUUACUAAUAACAAGAUUGUAACCGUGUAUUAAAUAGCAGAAAGCGCAAAAAUAUUAAAUGAUUGGUGAAUGCUAAAAGAUUGACUGUGGUCAACUAUUGUCUCAUAAGGUAGAAAUACUGUGUUUUGUGCUCAUUUCUUUCAAAUUGAGCUUAGUAUCGUUCAUAAGAACCAUUGUGUUCGACAUUAAUCCUUUUUGGAAUAUUAAAACAAUAGUAUCAAUUGUGGUAAAUCUUAUUUGGGAGUAAGAGUGUAUCUUUAACUUCAUAACUCAUCUUAACACGUACCCUUUUUGAUUACCCAUGGACUAUGGUUUUCUUCCAUUUCGAUGAUUGGUUUUAUUGACCAAUAAACAAUCAUCUUAACAUUUUUAUAGUACUUUAACAUACUGUGUUUUUAUAUUUCCUAUCAUAUGUAUCCAGACCGGUGAACUGGUUUAUAUAUAAACAUUGUACAGUUUAUAUAAUGUAUAUGCUGUGCAUUUCAAAUUGCAAAACAUGAUGUUGAUAUGACUCAUGUAUAGAACGUAUGGUAUGGUAUCUUUACUAUAAUGAUAGUUAUAUCAUUUACAGUUGCAUUAAAUAUAUAUUACUUAUGUAUG